AGUUUUUGCAAAUGAAACCAAAAAAAAAAAAAAGGAGUAACCAUUGCGAGUGUUAGGACCAAAAUGAAAGCAGUGAUAUUGUAAUUGUAGUAGGGAGACUUAGAAUUUUGCCAUGGCUUCAAGCUCGGACGAUGACAAUGACUUCAUCCUUCUCACGAUCACCAAUCCCAGUCAAUUUGAGGAAAAUAUAGUUUCCAAUCAAGACCUUCUCCUCUCAACCGCAGAAAUCUCAAGCUGGGAUUUGCCUUCAAUUCUCACUUUUUCCACGCUUAGAGUACAGGCGCAUCGAACUAGGCUUAUUGAGCAGUCUUCGUAUUUCCAUGGGAUGCUCAGCUGGAGCUUUAGUGAAUCACAGCUGGAUCAUAUUUCGAUUGAGUGGGAAUUGGAAACAUUUGUGAAUAUUCUGAAGUGCAUACAUGGCUGCUCAGUUGAUGUUACUUUUGACAAUGUCAUCAACUUUUAUGAGGGGGCACUUUAUUUCGGAGUCAAAGUUCUUCUUGAAAAGUGUAAGACUUGGUUUUUGGAGGUGACUUCAUCUACCAUGCCAUCACAAAUGCAGUUGGAUGAUCUAAUAUCCAUUUGGAACUUUGGCUUUAAGCAUGCCAAUGAUUAUCUUCCAGAAUUGUGUGCAAGCUAUCUUGCAAAAAAUUUUAUGUGGGCUAUUUCUUGUAAAUCUUUUGUAGAUGUUCCAUACAGAUUACUUCAAGAUUGUGUGAAGCACCCCCAUUUGACAAUACACAAUGAAAUGUAUCUCUCUGAUGCACUUUUCAUGUGGAUUGAUGCUAACACAAAAGACUUGAAUAUAACGAAAAGCAAUUAUAUUGACAUUCUGAAAGAGAUCCGUCUGAGCCUUUUACCAUUGUGGUUUGCUGCAGGGAAACGAAGAAAUUGUCAUUAUGCUAAGCUUGUAGAUAAAAGCAUUACUUCAGUUUUCACACUCCUCGAAAUUUCAUCUGCUGGCUCAUUAAGCUUUUUAGAAGGUGGUGACUUGAAAGAUUUUAGGAUUCGAGUGACGGAAUAUUCUAAGAAGGUGAACCUUUCAAGUUGUCCACAGAUAACAUCAGCAAUACUUUUCAUGUCUCUACUUCCUACUUUAAACUGUACAAAGUCCAUGUUAAGGAAUACCAUUAAGCCAUUAUUGGCUAAGCUUGAAAGCCUUGAGAGAGAUCCCUUCUUAAUUUCACAGGGAUUGUUGCCGAUGUUAUCUUUUGAAGCAGUAGAGGAAGUGGAUAUUUCCAAGUGUGACAGGCUGCAUCUUCGAGCUGCCAUUGAGUGUUUCUCCAUGUCAUUUCCAUCAUUAAAAAUCCUGAAGGCAACUUAUUUGUUGAAUUUCAGUACAACAACAUUACGACAAUUGGUCCUAAAAUGCCCUGCGAUCUGUGAAGUUGACCUAGCUAUUGAUGUCAGUCCAAUUAUAUUGGAAGUUCCAAAAAAUUCGUUAACUAGUGGCUUAAGACCUGUGGAUGUGUCACCUCUUUAUAAGUCUAAAGUUAGCCUGUCAAAUAUCAUAAAGCUUACACUUGAGGGACGAACAGAGCUUCAUGAUUCUGAUCUCCUGUAUAUUGCCAAAUUCUGCACCAACUUACAGCACCUGAACCUUAAAGGGUGCACCGCUUUAACAGAUGUUGGCAUGUCAGAUCUUAUAUGCAGAUGUCUUAGAUUGAAAUCAAUUAUUUUGUGUCAUACUUCUUUUGGAUUGAAUUCUGUGCUAGCUUUAUGUUCUGACUUUCAUGGUUAUGAUAAUACUACUACUCAAAUUUCAGAGUCUUUAGCAUUUAAUAUUCAGACACUGCAUAUUGGUAACUGCAAGGGUGUUGACGAAACAUCUCUUCUAAAACUUCUGUCUGAAACACAAAUGCUGAAGAGUCUUUGUCUGAGGGACACCCACAUUACCGACCGUGCUCUUUGUAGUCUCCGUGGUUCUUCCUUAGAGAUGCUUGAUGUUUCUAAUACUAUGGUCUCUGGAGAAGCUUUAGCACAUAUUAUCUAUCGAAAUACUGGUUUGAAGUGUUUAAGAGUAAAGGGUUGUAGGAAUUUGUUUCGAUGCAAAUGUGAUGCCACCACGAUGGGAGAAUUUUCUUACUUAAAUUCUUGUGGGGAAGUGGAAAUUGCUUUGGGAAAAACUUGCAGAUUGCACGAAAUUUCCCUUGGAUGGGGAUUUUCUCACUUUUCUAUGGAAGCCCUGAAACCUGCAAUAACAACACUGAGGAAGUUGACGGCGGGCUUGGGCUCAUCAUUAGGUGAAGCUGCACUUGUGCAACUACCUUCUGCUUGUCCUAUCCUAGAGUCUGUAGCUCUUUAUUUUCAGGUAAUAUCAGACAGUAUCAUUGUAAACAUCAUGGAAUCCUUGAGGAACUUGCAAGUCUUGGCUUUAUGCUAUUGUUUUGGCGAUAUAUCCAUUGCAGCUUUCAAGUUCUUUAUGCCAAAUCUGAGAAAGUUACAACUUGAACGGGUAAACCCAUGGAUGACCAAUGAAGAUUUGGUUAUUCUGACUCAGAGCUUUCCAAAUCUUGCUGAGCUUUCAUUGUUAGGGUGUCCACUUCUUGAUUCAGAUUCACAGCAAAUCAUCUCACAUGGAUGGCCCGGUUUACUUUCAAUCCAUCUAGAGGAAUGUGGAUCGAUUACAGAAAACGGAGUUUCUUCUCUUCUUGAGUGUGUAGCUCUUGAAGAUCUGUUGUUGCGACAUAAUGGUCAUGGGAUACAAAGCAGCUUCAUUCUGGAUGCUGCUUCAAAAAUGCCGUUACUUAGACAAGUGUCACUGGAUUUGUGUGAUGCGAGCGAAGGUUACUUAGAUAUUCCACCGGAUGACAAAAAGAGUUAUUUGCGCUUUGUGAUGAUAGCACGAUGCAAAUCGAUGGAAUGUGGUUUAGCUUUUCAUUGUCUGGAGCCUCGAAGAAAGCGAGUUCACAAAGAGACGUUACUUUUGGUGCGGACCAGCGAAAAUGUGAUGAGAAGAGUGGUGAAGGAAAGGAUAGGCUGUAGAGAUUUUGAAUGAAGUGGUAGAUGGAGGAGCCUCAAUAGGUGAAGGAAAGGCUAGGCUGUAGAGUUAAACACAUUGAUAUAUUGUUGAAUGCUAUUGUUAACUUGUUGUACAUGGCCUUGCUGAUGGCAAUUAUAUUUCACAAAAGAUCAGUCAAGUAGAAAGGAUAAAUUUUUGUUCAUAAAUGAAUUACAACUUACAAGAAGUUGAAUUGAAGCACAGAAGCUUUUAAUGAAUGGAUUGGUUCUGUAUACUAA